UGGAUAUUUUCUUUGUCUCCCGCUCACAAAAUGGCCCAGGCUGACAGCAACGCCUGCCCCACUCCUUCUUAUCUUGAACCAGCGCUGUCACCAAUCGAGAAAUUUGUCAGGACUCCAGGACUGUCGGAACCUGAGUUUUCUGCUUCUCUCCCUUCCAAAGAUCAUCUCGCUCAAGCUGCCAGCUUACAGCUGUCUGUUAUAUUUCUAUUCGUCCUCUGCUUCGUGCUACAUGUCCUCCCCGUCAUUGCAUGCGUGGUGCUCGUCAUCUUGCAUUUCACGCUGCAUAAAGGUACAAUUAUUCUCUCAAACCACCUAAGCGGAAUUAUUUCGGGGAGCAUAUUCUAUUUUAUAACAGCGUUCCCGAACACUACCGUCAAGGUGUACCUGGUACCUACACUCUAUGUUACCCAGAAGCUCGCCUUCAGACGCAACGUUCGUGUCGGGCAGACUCUCACAUCCACGCACGAUAAAUCCUCCGCUUGGCUGGGACUAGGUGCUUCUGUCCCCGUCCUGUGGCGAUACCUCACUGCUUUCGUCCGUAAGAAAGGCCGGGUUUCCAGGAGAAGCGAGCUACCCGCUUUCAUUGGAGUCCUAUUGAUCGUCAUCUACCUCUGCUGCGGACUAUCACUCGGCAUCAUCGCUCCAGAUCUAGUCAUCGUUGGCAGUACUGUCACUGGCCCUAGUUUCCAGAAUCUCACAUCGCAGCUCCAGGGCAUUACUAACAAUGCCGUUCAGGAAGCAUUCCCUAUCGUGGACAUGCUGCCUUUGGUGACAUAUUACGAAGAUAUCGUGACCGUUGGUCUUCAAGAUACCCUGAUCUACGACGUACCUAGUUUAUCCGGAGUCACCCAAUUUCUUCCUGUCACCGGUACAGCCUUUGGGGUGAACUGCGAGCAGAUUCUAGGGGCGUCGCAAGUUCAGUCCAGCAAAGGUUCCCUCGUUAUCCAUGUCGAGGAGCAGCUUCAAGAUGUGGUCAUCAACCCAGACUCCUACGGCAACACAGGUGCCACUAGUGUGGACUUGAAUACUCAAAUAUCUCCUGUGGAGUGCCCAUUUGACUGCGACCCGAUCAACGCAACGCAGGUUGUCGCAUGCAAUGUAUUUUCCAAGGACUACGGUCAUGGACAUCAGGACUACGGUCCGGUCCGUGUAGAUGCAAACUCGCUUCCAAGCCCACCAGUCGAGGAGCAGCCGGCUCUUGACCUUAUCGGAAACUUCAGCCAGCAGUCACCUAGCAGCCGCACAACGCUACGCAGUACAAUCGAUGGGUCUACGGUUACAUACACUUUGAGCAUCUUAGAGGAUAAUAUCAUGGAGACGUUAGGCUAUUAUGACCCCGAGACAGCUUCCGUCGAUCUCAUUGAUCUCGAAGACACCCUAGGCCAGGCCAUUGCUGCAAUUUUCUGGCGGGCCGCCCUUCGGGCAGUGGACAAUGACCCGCUCGGAGAGGAUGGCACCAGUGAAUCUUUUUAUUCUACCGUUCGGAUAAGUAAAUGGAUCCCCAUCCUCGGUCUCUGUGUCUCUACAGUCAUGCUUGCCGUGGACUCCUUUGGUGUGUUGCAGCUCAUGUGGUACCUCGGUCAGGAGAAGAACAGCCUCUCGCGCAAUGUCGCAAGGGACGUGAGCGACCCGACGCUCGAACUCCUGCAUGACUGGGGCAAGGAUAAGCAGCACAGGUUUGCAGACGACGACUGAAUGCCUGAGGGUCAGGUGCGGGAGAAGCUUGCCAGGGUGACGCUGCAGAUGUGUUCGCGGAGUCCAACAUUCCCAUUUUGCGUUUGUCCCAGAUCGCUGACAGAGCGCGGAGGUACGUAAUCUGCGAUCUGGGGUGUGAGUGAAUAGACGCUUUCCUGUGGGCAAUUUGGAAGUGAAUCGGAGG